AUGCUGCUGCUGAGCCGCUCCGCUCUCCAUCUCCCAGCUUUGUGGUGGUACCUCUUCCUCUCCACUGAUGCCCAGGAGGUGGCCACGUUCACUGUGCAGUACCGGGUGUUCGAAGAAGUGCCGCCGGGAACGGUGAUAGGGACACUGGCCGAGCACUUCGAGGGGGGCGAGAGCGGCGAACCAGCGGAUACCUUCCAGCUGAUGGAGACCCCUGGGAGGUUCCCGCUGCACGUGGGGAGCGCGGACGGGGUGCUCAGCACGGCCGGGCGGGUGGACAGGGAGCAGCUGUGCCGGCACAGCGAUCCCUGCUGGGUCUCGUUCGACGUGCUGGCUGCCCGAAACCUGGCUCUCAUUCACGUGGAGGUUCAAGUGCUGGACGUCAAUGACAAUGCACCGCGGUUCCCCACGCCCGAGCUGGAGCUGGAGAUGUCGGAGAGUGCGUCCCUGCGGACGCGGAUCCCACUGGACCGAGCCCUGGAUGCCGACGCCGGCCCCAACGCCCACUGCUCCUAUGCCCUCUCCCGCAGUGAGCACUUUGCUCUGGAGGUUGUCUCCAGCUCCGACGGGACGAGGCAUGCGGAGCUCGUCGUGGUUAAAGAAGUGGACCGGGAGCUCCACUCCUCCUUCGACCUCGUGCUGACGGCCACUGAUCAUGGGGAGCCACCAAAAUCAGGUACCGCUUUAAUCAAAGUCAUUGUCCUUGACUCCAAUGAUAACAGCCCCAUCUUUGCAGAGAGCUCUUUGACAGUAGAGGUUCAGGAGGAUGCUCUGCCCGGGACUCUCCUCGUGACGGUCACAGCCACCGACCCCGACCAGGGUCCCAAUGGGGAGAUCGAGUACAGCCUGAGCAAGCAUGCACCCCCAGAGGUGCUCAGCGCUUUUGGCAUCGAUGCCCGCACAGGUAGCGUCAUCCUGAAGCACCCACUGGACUAUGAGGAAACCCACGCCUACGAGCUGGACGUGCAAGCCCGGGACCUGGGCGCCAACCCCAUCCCAGCGCACUGCAAGAUCCUGGUCAAAGUCCUGGAUGUCAAUGACAAUGCUCCUGACGUCCACGUUACCUGGGCCACACGGGCACCUGUGCUCUCCGAAGCCCUCCCCAAAGACAGCUUCGUGGCUCUGGUGACGGCCAGCGACCCCGAUUCAGGAAGCAAUGGGCAAGUGCAUUGCUCCCUCAGUCAAGGGUACGAGCACUUCAGGCUGAAGAGGACCAACAGCCACAGCUACGUGCUGAUGACCAACGCCACGCUGGACAGGGAGCUGCGUGCCGAGUACAACCUGACGCUGGUGGUACGGGACCAUGGAGACUUCUCCUUGGCUGUGCUGAAGCACCUCACUAUCUGCAUCAGCGACGUCAACGACAAUGCCCCCUCCUUCGAGAAAGCCACCUACGAGGUUGCUGUUGCUGAGAACAGCGAAGCACCUGCCUUCUUGCUCACCAUCCGUGCCACCGACCCUGACUUGGGUUUCAAUGGGAAAAUCACCUACAGCAUCCCGGACUCCUCUGCUUCGGGUCUCAUCUCGAUCGACCCCACCACUGGGGAUGUUUUUGCCCUCCAAGCUUUUGAUUACGAGCAGGUGAGGAGCCUGGAGUUCCUGGUGACCGCAGAGGAUGGUGGUCACCCCAAGCUGGCGUCCAACAUCUCCAUCAGGCUGGCUGUGCUCGACCGGAAUGACAACGCACCCGUCAUCACCACUCCGGCACUGGUGGGAGGCGCAGCCAUGCUCUCCAUCCUGGUCAAUGCGGAGACGGGGUGCUUCUGGGUGGCACCUGGGAACGGGAGCACCCAAGGGACUGCAGCGGUGAGCAAUGCAACACUCAUGUCGUGUGCUGGCACUCCCUUCCUCUUCACCAUCGUGGCCAGGGAUGUGGACUCUGGCAUGAAUGGGGCUCUUCGGUAUGAUCUGGUGGGUGGGGAUGACACCGGGCUCUUCAUCCUGGACCCUCUCCUGGGGCAGGUAUUCCUCAAUGCCAGCAAUGCCAGCAGCCUCGCCGGCAGCGAGCGGGAGCUGGUGGUCCGGGUAAGCGAUGGGGGGGACAUCCCUCUGCACACCCUGGCCCGGGUCCGCUUAGUUUUCCGGCAUCAUGGGGCAUUCUCCAAAAUCUCAGCUCAGGAUCCUGGGUGGCUGAGCCCGUCAGUGGUGGUCGUUAUCUGCCUGACUGCUCUCCUGGGUGGGUGCCUUCUCCUUUUGGCUUUAACCCUGUCUUUGCGUAAGAAGGAGAAGAAGGACGGCAUGGCCUACAAUUGCAGGGAGGCAGAGGAUGCCCGCAGGCAGCAGCAGCUCAAGAAGCCACAUAGGCAGAUCCAGAAGACAGACAUCCACCUCGUCCCACUGCUCCGGGGCCGGCCCCGGGAGGCUGACCCCCCCCAUCCCUGCCAGGAGGGCUCCCCACAGGCCCCCCUCCACCUCACCCCCACUCUCUACAGGACCCUGAGAAACCAGAGGACCCAAAAAGACUCAGAUGAGCAGCAGGGGACCUUCAACCUGCCCAUCCUGCAGCGCCGGCCCUGCCAGCCCCACAGACCAAAAAAUCCAUCAAAAGAGGCUGUGAGCCCCCCGGAUGCACCACCGCACUGCAAGAGCUUGCCCCAGCCCCACCAGCACAUCCUCAGGAGCCUGGUCCGGCUGUCGCUGGUGGCACUGGCAGAGCAGAGCCCCACUGGGGAAUUCGCGAUGGAGUCGCCCCCAGUGCAGCAAAUCUCCCAGCUGCUCUCCCUGCUGCACCAGGGCCAGUUCCAGCCCAAAACAAACCACAGAGGAAACAAGUACACGGCCAAGAAUGGCAGCAGGGCUGCGGGGCUGGAUGCUGACUGCCUGAGCACGAAGGACAGCGGGCACGGCGAGAGCGAGGCGGAGGACCGCGAUUCGGAGAGCGGGUUUGAGCUCUCCAUGCAGCAGCUGGUGGGAGAAGAGCUGGAGACUCUGCUGGAGCCGCAGGCAGAGCUGGCCCUCAAGAGGCUGACAGCUGCUGACCCAGCAUGGGUGGCUCGACUCUCCUUGCCGCUCACCGGUAAUUACAAGGACAACGUCUUCUCCCCCGACUCUCUGCAUUCACCUCAGGAUGAGGAAGCUGCAAGGCAGGAGAAACCAAGGACCUUUGAGACCUUCGGCAAAGGUGCUGGGGCUGACUCGAAUGCUGCUGGGACAAGACUUGCCAGCACUUUCCUUUCAGAAAUGAGCACCCUCUUUGAAAUGAUUUUGUCCCAGAAGGUCCAAGUUCACAACGAAACAGGCUCAGGGCUUCUGCGGCAGCUGUCGGCACAUGGGAAGAGCCUCGGACUGGAAGACAGUGCUCCUGUUCUGUAGGCAGCUUGCUGGCUGUGAUAAGGAGAUAAGAGUCAGACAGAGCUUCUUUCU